ACACCCGAGCCCCUCUUACACUCGCACCGCCGAUCGAGUGAGCGAGCGAGCACUGUUGUAGUUGAGUGAGUGUACGUGAUCGAGGCAUGGCUACGAGGAAGCUGGCCGUGAUGGCGGCGCUAGUGGUGGUGCUGGUGGCGGCGUCUGCGGGCUGGGCGUCGGCGGCGUCGUGCAACGCGGGGCAGCUGGCGGCGUGCGCCCCAGCGAUCUCGUCCGGGGCGACGCCCACCGCGGCGUGCUGCGCCAACCUGAGGGCGCAGCAGGGGUGCUUCUGCCAGUUCGCCAGGAACCCCACCUACGGGCGCUACGUCAGCAGCCCCAACGCCCGCAGGACCGUCGCCUCCUGCGGCAUCACCCUGCCGCGCUGCUGAGCCAGUCCUAGGCAGCGCCCGACGACGUGCUGCCGGCCGGCGGCUAUCAUCUCGUCUACUAGUUUUAUAUAAUCACGCGCGCUCUCUCUCUCUCUCUAUAUAUAUAUAUGUACAAGCAUGCAUGCAUGUAUGGUCGGUCACUCGACUCUUGUAGUCGUGUGGUGCGCCGCUACGUGGAAUAAAGGGUCGGUCGCGACCAGUUCCAUUUCUCA